UCAUAUCGUACUCCGUCGAAGUAAACAAUGCAAAAAAUGUUUACCUCACACAGACUGCCUAUCGAUUUUUCAUCGGCGCAGUGAAAUAAGUUGCAUUGUGCAUUAUGCUCUAGAAUUCAAGCCAAGCGUCGCAAAAUAUACAAAACGAAAUGGAGGAGUUGUCGGGAGUUAUGAUCGUGUUGAUUAUAGGUGGUGGCGUUUUAGGAGUUACAAUGUGUUUCAUUUUUGCAAAGCGCCAGAUCGUCCGAUUUACGCUCAGACAAAGACGUGGGCCCCACGUCGCUGUUGGACAUGAUACUAAAAAGUCCAUCAAAAAGGAAAUUGAGCGUAGAAUCGACUGUAUACAAAAAAUUUACUACGAACCAAAACUCAUUUGGGAUGAUAAGCAGCAAGACGAUGAAAAAUACAUUUUGAAACCUGAUACCACAUUACCGCCGUACUACUGGCGCAUGAAGGCAGUGGAUGAUGUGAAAGAGCUGGAAAGGGAAAUCGCCAAACAGGACGGGGCUACCAGGCAUCCUAGAGAUAGCAUGAGGGCGUUUCUUCUGACUACACUUGCGGCUCCUCUGAAUGGAUCCGGUCAACGACUGAUUCAUCAGUUCUGUGAUAUGUAUGACCAUGCUCGGCAUGAUCCAAACGAAUUUGGCGAGGAGGAGUAUCAAUCAUACCAACGCUUGCUCAAGAAACUGUCCGAAGCUACAAAAAUGUUGAAAUCUUACUCAAGCAGUCGAAAAUCUUCACCAAAUCGAACGCCGGUGAAAAAACACUCCAAAAUGCAAUCACUGCUCGAUCCUGCCAGAUUACGUCCUCCGCCAGUAGCACUGACACCUGGAAACGCAGGUGACACGAUAAUUUCAAACACCCGCAUGAACCUAUCACUGGCGGUGCAACUACAACAACAGCAAGAGCAACAAUUCCAGCAGCCCGAUCUUGAGGAAAACGAAAUUCUCAGCAUUUCCCAGUAUCACGGCGAAACAGGCCGUCAUUCUUUUUCUUUGUCAGACCGUUAAGUUUCCAUUUUCGCGUUGAUUAAUCGUGUAACCAUGUAAGGCUUUAAAGCAACCUUUUAAUUUUGUUCGUAAGCACUGACCAGACACAUUUACACAAUUAUCUCUAACUUUCUGCUUUCUUCUUCUCUUACUGCCUCUGCGCUUUUCUUCUUUCUCUUUCAAUUUGCCCUUUAUGUGUGAUGAUUUCUCUAAAGAAACGUUUACUAUACGCAGGUCUUUCAAAAAUUGAAAUGGUAUAAACAUCGUAUAGUCUUGUGCUCGACAAGAAAGUACAAGGAGAUGGGCUCUCCAAAGCUAGUUUAAAUAAAAUCGCACGAGAAAUGUGUGGCUAUUGAUGAUGA